UGACAGAUUUGACAGAGGCCAUAAAAAACCGCCAAAAAGCUAUCAGAUGUUGGAUGUGUAUUUAUUUUGGAAACUUUGCUUUAUUUUUAAGUAAAGUACUACCACUUUUAAAAUUCAAUUACCUUAAACAGAAUUAUGAAGACCGAUCAAGCAAAAAAGGUCGUCAUCAAAGUAGAUUCUAAUAUUCAACAGGAAAAUGUAAAAAACUUACGAAGGACUUUAAAGCCCCUUCAACCCCUUGCUACUGACAAAGAAAAUUUGGCUGGAAGAUCACUUAUACUGAAAAAUUCAAAACAAUUGCAAGAAAGUGAAUACAAAAAAGAAAAACCUGAGCUAAUGCACAAAGCAGUACAAACUGAUCCAUACAUAGCAACUGUCGAUGAUCUAACUUCAGAGGAAGGUAGCGUUGAAUAUUGGAAAAGAGUAGCUGAAAAAAGACAAGAAUCGCUUGAUGUUAGUUUAUGUGAAAUUGAAAAACUUAAGGACAAUAUUGAGGCACUACAAGAAGAAAAUAAAAUUUGUAAAGAAAUGCUGGAGGAGUCUAAAAACCUGGUGGAAGUCUUGCAGGAAAUAAUCAACGAUGGUGAUAAUGAAGAAACACCAGAUAAUAAAGCUGAUGAUACCGAAGAGACUGAAUCUGAAAAUCAAUUAUAGUUUAAGUUAUAGAGAUAAAAUUUUCUAAUAUCACAAAUUGUACCUUCUUUAGUUGUCCUUAUACUUAAUAGGGAUUAAAAAUUAAGUUAUUUUAUGUUUUGAGAAAAAGCUUCUUUUUAGUAUUUUAUAUGAUCUUUUCAAUAAUAUUUUUGUUUGAUGACAUCACCAUAUAA